AUGACGGAGGCAAGCACCUUUCUCUCUCUCUCUCUCUCUCAGUGUACGUAUAUAUUGCUUUAUGCCAAUCUAAUAGUUCAGCAUAUUUAUGAGUUUGUGCUAAGCAAAAAGCUUACUCCAUUUGCGUUCCAUACUAGUCUGGAGAAUCCACAACUUAAAGAUAAUCAAGAAAGAGCCUAUGAAUUGCCAUCUUUUAAAUGUAGUGAAGCAGACUGGUGGAAAAGCAUGACCGACACGAAUAACGGCUUCCCUCCGGAUGCAUCAGCAGUCUUUGCCCUCAUGAAAUCAUUCAGCGAUCAGCAGCUACCAAUGCCCCUAACAUCUGUGGAUGGAAAUGAUUUGAGAGACACUGAUGACUUGAAAAAUCGCUUAUUGGCUGCAGCAAUGUCUAUGCUGAAUGCUUCCACCAUUAAUCCUUCUGCUUGGCCUUCUGAGGCAAAAAUUCCUACCCCUAAUUCCAAACCAGACUUUGAAGCUAACUGGGAUGAAAUGAAUCUCACAUCACAAUUCUUCUCUGGAUUGGCGACUCCCUCAUCUGAGGCGACGACCUCCACACCCGGCGAUUUUCCAUUUCCCAAUCCCUUCAUGAUGAUUCCACCCAGUUUACAGUCUAUGGGGACAAAGGGUCUUCCUGCCAUUGUUAAUGGCAACAAAGACGAAGAUUUUUGUGAGCUGUGCCAAAAGCACUUUUGCAAUAAAUACUACCUCCGAAAACACAAAAACGAUGUUCACCGGAUUCCCAGUGAACCUUUCUCGCAAAUACGAAAACGUGAGGCAGGUUCUAAUGAGUCCGAUGAUAAUGACCCAACAGAUAAGUCACCAUGCACAAAUACAAAUGAAUGGAUGAAUGUCCUUACUUCCUCAGCUGCUACAGCUCAGCAACUGGGAGAGAGCAUUCCAAACCGAAGAACUCCCGUAGAAGGAUUUCGAAGCAUCUCCAACCCGGCAGAAACAAAUGUAACAUCUGAGAAGGAGCAAGUUUCGUUGUGGAUGCCCAAAUCCGAGCGUAAACCUUCGCGCGUUGAACUUGGUGAGAAUGCCACAUUUAUUCCACCCGUCGUUGCCAGUGAUUCAGUUUCCAGUCCUACUCUCAGUUCUGCAGUCACCAGCAAAGCUCUUAAUGCUGGAGCAUUAGAUAUGUUCAAGUCAAGUAUGGCAGCCGCAAAACUAGCAGAUCGUGUCACUUGCGAUUUAUGCAAAAAGGAACUCUGUAAUAAGUACUUUCUUCGGACCCACAAGAUUAAGGUACACGGUCUCUCACCUCAAGAGGUAGGUGUACCGAUCUCAAGAGCCUCAUCUGGAAAACACACAGAGAAGAUCCAAGUUGAGAGUACAAGUCAAAGUCUUGAAACCUUUGGCGUACCUCCACCUCUUCCGCCGCCACUUUCACUCAUGACUCCCAUGCUACCAUCCCAGUUCCCUGCCCCGUUGGGAAGUUUGCCUGCCUGGCUGCCUCCACAGCCCCCAUCCGUAAUGCCUGACAUGCCAAGACCACCCCAAGAAGAGGCGAAAAAGGACCCAGUUUCGCAGCUAAUGGCGGCAAAUGCAUUAGUCACUUGUCCACUAUGUGAUAAAACAAUUGGUCCGCGUCUGUUUCUGCCGACUCACUUGACCUCCGUUCAUAGUCUAAGUCCGACGGACCCAUCAUUUUUCAUUUUCAUUUUGAGCGCCAGAACGCUGGACAACAAUGGAGAAAGUGACGCUUCAACAGCCAAGAUGACACCAACAAGCAAUUCGGACCGCGAAAGCCCAACAUCUACUGCCAUUCAGCUGCCAAAUCCUUCACUCAUGCGGCUACCAUCCGCCACGUCUGUUGAGAAUAUUAAUCGGGAACAAAGUGGUAUACCGCAGCUUAGUGUGCCAAACACUAUGAACGGCAUACUUCCACCAGCAAUAUCAACGAAGGGACAUUUAGCACCAGAAAUGGGUGGGAGAGAUGGCAGACGACUAGUCACAUGCACACGUGCGAGCGAAAGCGCAUGUAAAUAUGCCCAAUUCCUUCUGGUGCCCGCGUAUCACGAAUGUGGUAUGGUUUUGUCAGCAAAUUUGUAG